CAGUUGAUGCUAUUGGCCAUUCUUAAUAACAGCCAACAGAUGUCACAAUGGCAGCUUUCGUUACGUUGCCUUUAUUUCGUUGUUACAGUUUGAACAAAAUUGUGUAUCCAUUUGGUUUACAAUAUUUAAGAAAUAUUAAUUAUAGAAAUUUUUUAACAACAUCUCAAAAAUUUGUUAAAAUGUCAUAUUCAAUUGUCGAACGUGGUACAUUAAAUACAACUGAUUAUCGUCUUUAUUUCAAAAAAGAUGAUUCUCUUAUAUCACCAAUGCAUGACAUUCCAUUAUAUGCUGAUGAAGCUAAUAAAAUUGUCAAUAUGGUAGUUGAGGUACCAAGAUGGACAAAUGCUAAAAUGGAAAUUAAUUUGAAUGAAACACUCAAUCCAAUAAAGCAAGAUGUUAAAAAAGAAAAAGUUCGUUUUGUUGCAAAUUGUUUUCCUCAUCAUGGAUACAUAUGGAAUUAUGGUGCUCUACCACAAACUUGGGAAAAUCCAGAAGUUUUGGAUGAAUCAACUGGUUUCAAGGGUGACAAUGAUCCAAUUGAUGUCAUUGAAAUUGGAUACAAGGCUGCAAAACGUGGUGAAGUUUUGAAGGUCAAGAUCUUGGGAACAGUUGCUUUGAUUGAUGAAGGUGAAACUGACUGGAAAAUUAUAGCAAUUGACGUCAAUGAUCCCUUGGCUGAUCAAAUGAACGAUAUUGGUGAUGUUGAUAAGCACUAUCCAGGUCUUUUAAAAGCAACAAUUGAGUGGUUUAAAAUAUACAAAAUUCCUGAUGGUAAACCUGAGAAUCAAUUUGCAUUUGAUGGUGAUGCAAAACCUCGUGAAUUUGCUCUUCAUAUUGUUGAUGAAGUACAUGAACACUGGAAAAGUCUUAUUGGACGUGAUACAGAAACAGAAGGAAUAUCAUGUGCCAAUACAACAAUUGAAAAUAGUGCCUUUAAAAUUGAUGGAAAUAUUGCUCAAGAAGCAUUUGCAAAAUCAUCUGAGCCAACUGAACCAGCUCCAAUUGAUCCAAUUGUUGACAAGUGGCAUUAUGUUCAUUUGAAGUGAAGUGACCUUGAUCAAGGGACAACGAACGAGGACAGAUAAGAUCAAAUCGGGAUAAGCCUACUUUGUUUGUUGAUAUACACGGUACACUAUAUAUGUGUAUUUUUUUUUUUUUUUUUACAUCACAAAAAACUUCUUUA